CUCCGCAGUGUUCUCAGGGCUUUGUGGGCUCUGCUUUCCAUCUACAUGAACUGUCACUUCCGUCGCUGCUUCGCCUGCCACCGUCCGUCCAUGCCUCGUCAGUCCCCGAGCUGGCCGUACUGUCGCCGCGUGCCUCGACUGCUCCCAUCUCUCUCUCUCUCUCUCCCCCCUCCCCAUCCCACUUCGCCCCAUUGGACCUUCUUGACGGCGGCGGCGCUCGAUCGGCGGUGGGCAUUGCUCCUUCUCGGCGUGCACUGCACAGAUUGGCUGCUUAUUUCGGGACAGCACAGCCCAUUGGUUCUUCAGUGAUGCCUCGGAGCAGGAGCCAUCGCAAACUAAGCUCGCCUUGCUCCCCGAAGGCCGUCCACAAGGUCAUCUCCCGCUUCUCCCUCGAGAAGAAGCAGCUCGUGCGGUCAAUCGAUUUCGGGGGCUUGCUGGAGCUGCCACUGCACAGGAAGGUUGGCCACAGGUUCUCCCUGUGGCUCCUGACCAAGGUAGUACGAGAUGCCGCCGGUGCCAGUGCUAGCCAGCCUGCAGCAGUCGGCAAAGUAGCCGGCAUACCGUUCUACCCACAGGACGUCAGCAAAGUGUUCGGCGUGCCUUCCGGAGGACGUCCGGUGCCCAAGAAGGAUCAGGUUCAGGGGCUGGUCUCCGACGAGGCCAAGGCGACCGUGCGCGGCGCGCUCAGCUUGGAGGAAGGAGACGACAGCAGACUCAGAAUCCUGCAUGCUGCAAAGCAUGUGCUGAAGAAGAAAUUCCGUCGGGGAAUGGCGGAGAAGGACCGGGCUGCAUUCAAGAUCGCGUUCGUGGUCUUCGUUGUGGGGAAUCUGCUGGCUCCAAGGGCGACCGACUCUGUAUCCUUGGACUACUUCAUGGCCCUGCGGCGUCCUGACGAGAUUCAGACGUAUGACUGGUCCGAGUACGUGAUUCGUGUCAUUUUGGACUCUGUCUGCCAAGUUCAGGCCGCUUUCGCUCAGGGGCGGCCUGUGGAGAAUCUGUUUGGAUGCAUUAUUGGCCCUGUUUGGCUGCAGAUAUUCUAUCUGGAUAACUUGGAUUUUGGUCGUGAGAAGAAUCUGCUGCAUGAUCACACACCACGAUCCAAGGCAUACGACUACGACACGAUUAAGAAGCUCGCCGAAGCCGAUCGCGCCCGUUCUCGUGAUGGUGGUUUAAGGUCCUUUGGUAAAAAGUUGGCAAGAGAGGCCUCUGAUGUUUGUUACGAGCGUUCCAUCGCUCGAUGCGGUAACCACGUGAACGGUGUUGUGGUUGGUUCAGCCGACGGUGGAGAACAGGGUGGCCACUCUGAUGAUAUAGUCUUCACGGAUGGUAGAGCUUUCAAUCAGAAAAUUUUAUGUGAAGUGUGUGGAGAUGUUGGCGAGGAAGAGCUCGUGAUGUUCUGCGCUUGCGGUGCUACUGUGCAUCAAUAUUGUUCGGACCCGGUUGUUCUUGAUGCAACAUUAGUAGAAUGGUCAUGUGAUGAGUGUCAGGCAAAGCAAGACAAUGCUGCUGCUGACAAAUUAUUAGAAGAGGUGCUGAACCGAAAACGGCCAAGUCAUUAUCUAACGGACUCCUCCACAAGGAAUCAGUCAAGCACCAAAAUUACAGUGGCAACAAACGGUAUCUCGAAAAAGGCUUAUGUGCGAAAGGGUGAUCAAGAAGAACAUUUCGCGUAA